GCGUUUAUGUAGUUAGCGAAAGAUUAACUUAACAACUAUCUGUCGCAAUGCGUUUCAACGAAAAAGAGCUGGUCUCAUUGAGCCGUCAACCAUCCGAGCGGGCUGCGGAGCUGGGAAUGAGGGGACCAAAAAAAGGAGAUGUUGUUAAGAAGAGACUGGUGAAGCUGAUAGUGAAUUUCCUGUUUUAUUUUCGCACUGACGAGGAGGAGCCUGUCGGAGCUCUUUUGUUGGAGCAGUGUCGGGUGGAGAGAGAGGAUGAUUUAGCCUUUUCCAUAGCUUUCCUGGACGAGGCUGAGAGAAAGUAUCUUUUUGAGUGUGACACCCAGGAACAGUGCCUUGAUUGGAUCGACUCCAUCAUCAAAGCCAGCUAUGAGUUCAUGCGCAAGAACUUGAUCUUCUACCGCACUGAGAUCCAUCGACUUACAGGCAAGGAUCCUCUGGAGCAGUAUGGGAUAUCUGAUGAGACUCGCUUCCAAGUUAACACAGGUCUUCCACCUCUGCCUGCUCCACCCACUUAAACACUUUGACACAUUCCCAGCCCUCCUAAACACUUCACACACUCUGAGAAAAUUUGGUUCAUCCAUAAACCAUAAACCUAUUACAGCCCCCUUGUCCCACUCAUGGUAGCCUUCCUCUUUCUGUAGUUGUCUAACGCUCAUCUCUGCUGGAGUCAGAGGUUCCUUCAGGUGUCUCAGGCAGCUUCCAUGAGAGGUAGCUUGUUGUUAAAUCCUAGAAAUACAUAGUUUUUUUUUAGUUUUUUUUUUAAAGUUGCUGAAUGUUGACAUUGCCUUCUUAUAGGUGGGUCAAUUUUCCUUUUCUUCUUGAAAAUGGCACUGGGAUAUUGGGCUGUCUGGUUUUGCUGACAUGUCUUUCCCAGUGUAGGUACCAGCUGAGCCUGAGCCAGUUAUUUCACUGUUCUGAGUAGCUGUUUGGGUACAAAUGUUGUUCUCUGGGUGAUACUUAUUUGUUUGUUUUCCUCAUCACGCUUUUUGCACUACUGCUGUGUAGCGAAUCUGUGUCAGACUUCAUGUUUAUUGAAUUUACUUUUUUGCCUUUUUUCCAAGAGUGCAGCUGCCUCUGUUGGGCUUUCUUGUAUGCAAAAUCUUUCGUUAGAUAACAUGAAUAGUUAGGCAUCCGAUCAUUCACACAAUAAUUUUGCACAUUUAUAUUUGUCUAUUUCUACUAUAUCUGUCUGUGUUUUAUGGUAGGUAGGAGUUUGGUCACCUCAGUACUUUAAUUACUUAAAGUAAUUGAAAACAAAAUCCACUUCAUAAUGGUCAGUAAAAAUGUGUGUAUUUUAAACCAUUGUCAAAUUUGACUGGAAGCACAGAGUCCUUUUUGAAAACAUACAGUUACUGCCUUUUCACGACACUGAAAUACUCUGUAUAGAAGACUGGACUUCUGAUCUGAGGGCACGUGGGCCAUUUACAGCAAAUUGGUGACUUUUUUUUACAAGUAUUUAGACAGGACAAGUCUUGCAAGUCAUACAAUCUCACUUAAAGGCUGCAAAAAUGAUGUCUACAGACUGAAUAACUGUUAAGAACUUAUCUUAGUGGUUUGAAAGUCUAGGAGAUUUUAAGUCGUGGCAAAUUACUUUAAUUCAACUACAAGAGGCAGGAGUUAAAUGAGUGCUUAGAUUUCUGAUCAUGACGUGUCUUAGGAGACGAGACGUUCUCUUGAAAUGUAAUUCACCUAACCGGUCACAUUGUUUUUCCUUUUCUACUGCACACAGUUGAAUCAGGCUGUAAUAACUCAAGUCAUUGUCUAUUUUUAUAAAAAAAAGAUUCUUAAGUUA